AUGGCAUCCAAAUCAUCAUCACCUGGUCCUAAUCCGACGACCAAAACGCCAGCACCCAAGCAAGCUCGAUCACGAAAAACAACAACACAAGAUGUGACAGUUGGACGAGCAGGCUCAGCGGGCGGUAUUGUCUUGGAAAAAGAGAAAGAAGCAAAGAACAAACCUACACCGACGCCCAAGCCAGCUCAAGAUCUACCGACCGACACACCAGCCAAAACCCCCCGUCGCAAACCCCGGAAGCUCAACAAAGAUCCCACGCCCACCACCCCAGCUUCUACAAGCAAGGUCGUCGAACCGCCCACGCCUACCGAAAUCGAAGCCCUCAAAUCCCGCGUCCACGGCCUCGAAGCCAAAGUCGAAGAACUGUAUAAGUCUGGGAAUCUAGAUCGACCAGGGCGUUCGCCGCGCCGACGGGGAAAGGGCAGGAAGGCGUCGAGUCAAGCGCAAGUGCCCACGUUAUCCUCUACCAAAGCCAAAGUAGACGACGAUGAGGAUGACGAGGUAGAAGAUAUUGGCCGUGGCGACGCAGACGAAGGCGUAGAUGAACUCGUGCGCCUAGAAGGCGAGCUGGAAACUGCGAGACAGGAUUUAGCCGCGUUUCGACCGCGUGGGAAGCGUGUGUCGAAAGGGGCAGACGAGGAUGAUGAUGUAGAAGACAUCCCGCGCGACGACACAGCGAGCACGAGUGCGAAUGGGAGACACGUAACCCUCUCCGGCUCCUACCGCAUCCCGCUCCCCGCGUCUGUCAGCGUCGACGAUGUAAAACACAUCCAAUCCGGCGUGAGUGCGGCGCAGAAUGUUGCGAGGAGUUUUCUGGAACAAAGAAGGGCUGCGGUUGCUUCAUCCCCAUCAUCAUCGAAGCCAAGGCCCGCUCCGAGGUCUGUUAGCUCGUCGAUGGAAGUCAUACAUGCUGAUGAGGGGGAGAAGAAGAGCUGGGGAGAGUGGAUUGGCGGGUAUAGUGUGGCGAUUUCGAGGGCGGUGAAGAAUAUCGAACAUGAGGCGGCGGUGGAGAGUCAGGGUGGAGGGGGUGGAGGGGGAGGGAAGAAGAAAGCAGCGGGGAAAAGGCCGGGAGUUAAGACGAAGAUUAGUGGGGAGCAGGUUGAAGGGUUGAUGAGCUGA